AUGGCAUAUGACCGCUUUUUGGCCAUCUGCCAACCUCUGCGUUACCCCACUCUUAUGAGAAUGCAGGUAUGUAUGCAGAUGGCAGGGGCCUGCUGGGUUGGGGGCUUUGUCAGUGCUGCAAUACUGACCAUCAUCACCACAAGCUUCCCUUUUUGUGAUCAACCCAACAAGAUCAACCAUUUCUUUUGUGAGGAGCCAGCAGUACUGCCAUUGGCCUGCUUGGACACCUAUGUUGUAGAGAUUGUCCUCUUUGCAUUGAGUGUGAUUGUUCUCAUGCUACCUUUUGCCUUCAUAGUGAUCUCUUACAUCCACAUUGCUAGGGUGGUACUCAGGAUGCACUCAGCUGAGGGACGACAUCGAGCAUUUUCUACCUGUGCUACACAUCUCACUGUUGUCACAUUGUUCUAUAGCACCAUCAGCUUUACUUACUUGCAGCCUCGCUCCAACCGUGCUGCAGACCAGGAAAAAAGGUCCUCAGUCUUCUAUGCCUUGGUCUCUCCCAUGCUGAAUCCCAUCAUCUACAGCUUGAGAAACAAGGAUGUUAAACAGGCUUUGGCCAAAGUAAUGCAAAAAUUUAGCUGA